CGGACCAUUCAAAGCGCAGCAUCAUGGGGAAUGGAGGUUGAAUCUAGACUUGGAUACGAAUGCCGGGGUACAGCUCCAGAAGAACCAAGCCAAGACUCUUGGCUCGUCCAUCGUCAAUCCAGGCACGAUCAAUCAAGACACGAUUCCCUCGUUUAAUUCCUGAUGACACCUCAACUUUUCAAUCGAUCCCUAUGGCAUCAAUUCCCCUUUCCUCACCACCAUACGAAAGGACAAUUGCGCAAUAAGCUAUGCGGUCGAGCGAUGUGAUAUUGUCGGCGUCCUUGGUAACCGGGAGUGUACUCGCUAGCUGUCCCAAAUAUUCGAGUUACUCCCUGUCGCGAAACCCACCUCUCUCGCUCGGUGCUUACAAGCUCGCCUACCAGCGACCUGCUCCAGAAUGUCGAACCUUCAACUCAACCCUAAUCGAAGACGCCAUUAGUCAAACGAAAGAAGCGAUAUACGAUGAAGACUUGUUUCGUCUUUUCGAGAACACUUAUCCGAAUACACUCGAUACGGCAAUAAAAUGGCGGGGGUUCGCAGCCAACAACUCGGAGGAAGAGUUGGCUUUUGUGAUUACUGGCGACAUCGAUGCCAUGUGGAUUCGUGACUCGGCGAACCAGAUAGCGCCAUAUAAAUCGGUGUUGAAGAGUGCGACAAGCGACAUCGCCUCGCUAUUCCGUGGGGUCAUCAAUAUGCAGGCACGAUAUUUGAUUAUAUCGCCUUAUUGUAACGCCUUUCAACCGCCGCCCGAGGCGAACAUAACCACUGAGCCGAAUACCGCCACGUACUCUGUUACGCCACCAUACGACAGAAGCAUAGUCUUUACUUGCAACUUCGAGCUCGACGACUUUGGGGGCUUCUUGCAACUCUCGCAUGAUUACUAUAAUGCAACGGGGGACUUGGACUUCUUUGGGAAGUUCCAAUGGAUAUCGGCAGUGCAGUCUAUUCUUGCUGCGUCAGAGGCUGUGCGAAAGCCUACGUAUGGUCCAGACGGCAAAUGGAUCCCGCCAGCAUACUCUUUCCAAUCCUUAACUAUGUCUGCUUCGGGUACAUUGGGCAACAACGGAAUGGGAGCCCCUGUGAACGACACGGGCCUGGUGCGGUCCCCUUUCCGCCCAAGUGACGACUCUGCCAUGUUCGACUUCAACAUUCCGGCAAACAUGAUGCUCUCUAGAUAUCUCGAGUCGACGUCGCAAAUCAUGGAACGGCUCCCAAACGCUCCUAAAGGUCUCGCGCGGGAGAUGAAAGACAUGGCCACCGAAAUCAGGGAAGCCAUCAAUCAAUGGGGCAUUGUGAGUGCGCCAAACGGUCAGAAGAUAUUUGCGUAUGAGGUUGAUGGGUUCGGCGGUCAAAACUUGAUGGACGAUGCGAAUAUCCCGUCCCUCCUUUCGGCGCCAUUCCUGGGGUACUUGGAUAAGAAUGACACCGUUUACCAGAACACGCGUGCUUUUGUCCUAAGCAGAAGCAACCCGUGGUGGUGCGUUGGCCCCUAUCUCAACGCCGUCGGCUCGCCGCACAUACGACCAGGUGCAGCAUGGCCUAUGGCGGCUAUUAUGCGAGCAAUGACCUCGGACAACGACUCGGAAAUCAUAACGGCGAUCACUGAGGUGUUGCGCAGUACCGAUGGAUAUGGACUCAUUCAUGAGAGCGUCGAUACAUUCGACACGAGCAAUUGGACUCGGCAAUGGUUCACUUGGGCAAAUGGACUUUUCGGCCAGAUGAUCAUGGAUCUGGCGGAGAGGAAACCUCAGAUCUUGAAAGAGAGCUUCCAGCCCUUUUUCAUAGAAAAGAAGUAGGGUUACAUACUAUUAAUAUAUUCGUAUUUCCAACUGUAUGAA